AUGGUGGAUCUGGCUCAACAUCCAGAGCUUUUCCAGCCUCUGCGCGAGGAACUUGUGCGUGUGUUGGGCACCGAGGGGUUGAAGAAGUCGGCACUUAACAACCUGAAGCUUAUGGACAGCGUACUGAAGGAGUCGCAAAGACUCAAGCCUGCAUUACUCUGUACAUGGCGUCGUUUGGCCACUGAGAAUAUCGAGCUCUCCAGCGGUUUCGUCAUCCGCAAGGGGCAGCGCGUGAUCAUCAACAACACACAUAUGUGGGACGACGAGUGGUAUGAUAGUCCGGAACAAUACGACGGGUACCGCUUCCUGCGCAUGCGAAACACCGAUGAGGAGAAGCAUGCCCAUCUCGUGAGCGCCAGCCCAAAGCAUACCGCGUUUGGCUACGGCCAGCAUGCCUGUCCAGGCAGGUUCUUCGCUGCGAACGAACUCAAAAUUGCCCUGGCCCAUCUGUUGCUCAAAUACGACUGGAAGUUGGCGGAUGAGACGAGAGACCCGACGCCUGUGCCCUUUGGCAUGGCGUUAUUGCCGGACCCAAACGUCAAGUUCCUGAUUCGGAGACGCAAGGAAGAAAUCGAUUUGAAUUUGCUCGAAUGCUGA